CUUCCCUCCUCGGCUCCACGGCUCCCUCGGCCGCUGCCGCCUCCGACCCCCCCCACCCCACUCCCCCGCCACGGCCCCUAGCCCCUGGCCGUUAGGCAAGACCCCCCCCUACCCCGGGGCUCCCCGAAAUCCAGUUCCCCUCCCCCACCCCAGCUCAUGCCCCAGCCCCCGAACUCCGGGGCUGCCAGCCCCCGGUGCCCCCGCCCCUCCUGAGAAUCGGGGUGUGCUCCCCAAGCCCCCUCCCCUCCAUUGGGGACCCCCUUUUAGGGCCCCCUUCCCCUCCCUCCCACGCUCCCUCCCCUUCCCUUCUCCAACCCCCUCUUUCCCCUCUCACCCCUCCCCCCAUCCUGGCCCCCCCUGCAAAAGUGGGGUGCGGAGGGGGGAGGGGUGAGAACCCACGGAGGGGAGGAACGAAACUCCGAUGAAGUCAGAGCCCCUUACCCGCCGCCGCGGCCAGCCCCCCCAACAUGGACUGUCUCUGUAUAGUGACAACCAAGAAAUACCGCUACCAAGAUGAAGACACGCCCCCUCUGGAGCACAGCCCGGCCCACCUCCCCAACCAGGUAAACGCCCCCGAGCUGGCGCACGUGGCGGAGAGGAACUUGUCCCACCUCGAGGCCGGCCACGGGGUCGUGGGCCACGCCCACCUCUCCCCCCUCAAGGCCAAUUCUCCUCCUGUGAUUGUCAACACAGACACCCUAGAAGCCCCGGGAUAUGAGUUGCAGGUGAACGGGACGGAGGGGGAAAUGGAAUACGAGGAGAUCACAUUGGAAAGGGGCAACUCAGGUCUGGGCUUCAGCAUCGCAGGCGGCACCGACAACCCACACAUUGGUGACGACCCGUCCAUCUUCAUCACCAAGAUCAUUCCUGGCGGGGCCGCGGCCCAGGACGGCCGCCUCAGGGUCAACGAUAGCAUCUUGUUUGUGAAUGAGGUGGACGUGCGGGAGGUGACCCACUCAGCCGCGGUGGAGGCCCUCAAGGAGGCGGGCUCCAUCGUCCGCCUCUACGUCAUGCGGCGGAAGCCUCCAGCUGAGAAGCUUAUGGAGAUCAAACUCAUCAAGGGGCCUAAAGGUCUUGGCUUCAGCAUCGCGGGGGGCGUAGGGAACCAACACAUCCCCGGAGAUAACAGCAUCUAUGUGACAAAGAUCAUCGAAGGGGGUGCCGCCCACAAGGACGGGAGGCUGCAGAUUGGGGACAAGAUUCUAGCGGUCAACAGUGUGGGGCUGGAGGACGUCAUGCAUGAGGACGCCGUGGCAGCCCUGAAGAACACAUAUGACGUUGUCUACCUGAAGGUGGCCAAGCCCAGCAAUGCCUACCUGAGUGACAGCUAUGCUCCCCCAGACAUCACAACCUCUUAUUCCCAGCACCUGGACAAUGAGAUUAGUCACAGCAGCUACCUGGGUACCGACUACCCCACAGCCAUGACCCCCACCUCCCCUCGGCGUUACUCCCCGGUGGCCAAGGACCUGCUGGGGGAGGAAGACGUUCCCCGGGAACCGAGGCGCAUAGUGAUCCACCGGGGCUCCACGGGCCUGGGCUUCAACAUUGUGGGUGGCGAGGACGGUGAGGGCAUCUUUAUCUCCUUCAUCCUGGCCGGUGGCCCUGCGGACCUCAGCGGGGAGCUGCGGAAGGGGGACCAGAUCCUCUCGGUGAACGGUGUUGACCUCCGCAGUGCCAGCCACGAGCAGGCUGCCAUCGCCUUGAAGAACGCGGGCCAGACGGUCACCAUCAUCGCUCAGUAUAAACCAGAAGAGUACAGCCGAUUCGAGGCCAAGAUCCACGACCUUCGGGAACAGCUCAUGAACAGCAGCCUGGGCUCAGGGACCGCCUCCCUGCGGAGCAACCCCAAAAGGGGUUUCUACAUCAGGGCCCUGUUUGAUUACGACAAGACCAAGGACUGUGGCUUCCUGAGCCAGGCCCUGAGCUUCCGUUUUGGGGAUGUGCUGCACGUGCUCGACGCCAGCGACGAGGAGUGGUGGCAGGCACGGCGGGUCCACCCCGACAGCGAGGCCGAUGACAUCGGCUUCAUCCCCAGCAAACGGCGGGUCGAACGACGGGAGUGGUCAAGGUUAAAGGCCAAGGAUUGGGGCUCCAGCUCUGGAUCACAGGGUCGAGAAGACUCCGUUCUGAGCUAUGAGACGGUGACGCAGAUGGAAGUGCACUAUGCUCGCCCCAUCAUCAUCCUUGGGCCCACCAAGGACCGAGCCAAUGAUGACCUUCUGUCCGAGUUCCCCGACAAGUUCGGAUCCUGUGUUCCCCAUACGACGCGGCCCAAGCGGGAAUAUGAGAUAGAUGGCCGGGAUUACCACUUCGUGUCCUCCCGGGAAAAAAUGGAGAAGGACAUUCAGGCGCACAAGUUCAUCGAGGCCGGCCAGUACAACAGCCACCUGUAUGGAACGAGCGUCCAGUCCGUGCGGGAGGUGGCCGAGCAGGGGAAGCACUGCAUCCUCGAUGUCUCGGCCAAUGCCGUGCGGCGGCUGCAGGCGGCCCACCUGCACCCCAUCGCCAUCUUCAUUCGCCCCCGCUCCCUGGAGAAUGUGCUAGAGAUUAAUAAGCGGAUCACAGAGGAACAAGCUCGCAAAGCCUUCGACAGAGCCACCAAGCUGGAGCAGGAAUUCACAGAGUGCUUCUCAGCCAUCGUGGAGGGCGACAGCUUUGAGGAGAUCUACCACAAGGUGAAGCGUGUCAUCGAGGACCUCUCAGGCCCCUACAUCUGGGUCCCGGCCCGAGAGAGACUCUGACUCCCGCCCUGGUGUGGCCUGAACUCGCCCUGUCUCCGGCCCCCGGGCCCUUGGUCUGGACUGAAUUGCCCAAGCCCUGCGCACCCCCGGCCUCCCUCCCGUCCCUUCUUAU